ACAUACAGCUCAGAGUAUCCCAGAGGUCCCAACAGGAGACCAGCAUUCAGGCCUCAUCCGCAUGGAAUGCUACUCUGGGCACAAUGGUGGUCCUCUCUGCUCUCACAUCCUGGGCCACAACACCACGCGAGCUGAGUGCUGCUGUACUCAGGGUGCCAGAUGGGGGAAAGCCUGUGACCUCUGCCCAUCGGAGGACUCAGUUGGAUUCAGUGAGCUCUGCCCCAGUGGUCAAGGCUACAUCCCAGUGGAAGGAGCCUGGACAUUUGGACAGACCAUGUACACAGAUGCCGACGAGUGUGUGCUGUUCGGGCCUGCUCUCUGCCAGAAUGGCCGAUGCCUCAACACAGUGCCUGGCUACAUUUGCCUGUGCAACCCUGGCUACCACUAUGAUGGCUCCAGCAGGAAGUGCCAGGAUCACAAUGAAUGCCAGGACGUGGCCUGUGAGAAUGGCGAGUGUGUAAACACGGACGGCUCCUUCCAUUGCUUCUGCAAUCCCCCCCUCACCCUAGACCUCAGUGGGCAGCGCUGUGUGAACAAUACGAGCAGCACAGCAGAGGACUUCCCUGACCAUGACAUCCACAUGGACAUCUGCUGGAAGAAAGUCACCAAUGAUGUGUGCAGCCAACCCUUGCGUGGGCACCGCACUACCUAUACAGAAUGCUGCUGCCAAGAUGGAGAGGCCUGGAGCCAGCAGUGUGCUCUGUGCCCCCCCAGGAGCUCUGAGGUCUAUGCUCAGCUGUGCAAUGUGGCUCGGAUCGAGGCAGAGCGGGAAGCAGGGAUCCACUUCCGGCCAGGCUAUGAGUAUGGCCCCGGCCCAGAUGAUCUCCCUUACAACCUCUAUGGCCCAGACGGGGCCCCUUUCUACAACUACCUGGGCCCUGAGGACACCGUACCAGAGCCUCCUUUCUCCAACACGGCCAGUCAGCAGGGAGACAACACACCAGUCCUUGAGCCUCCUCUGCAACCCUCUGACCUUCGGCCCCGCUAUGUGGCCAGCCAUUCAGAACCCCCGGCCUCCUUCGAAGGACUUCAGGCUGAGGAAUGUGGCAUCCUGAAUGGCUGUGACAAUGGCCGCUGCGUACGUGUCCGGGAGGGCUACACUUGUGACUGCUUUGAAGGCUUCCAGCUGGAUGCGGCCCACAUGGCCUGUGUGGAUGUGAAUGAAUGUGAAGAUUUGAACGGGCCUGCAGCACUUUGUGCACAUGGUCACUGUGAGAAUACAGAGGGCUCCUAUCGCUGCCACUGUUCCCCAGGUUAUGUGGCAGAGCCAGGUCCCCCACACUGUGCUGCCCAGGAGUAGAAGUGAGAGAACACCAUGGGCAGCUAUCUGGAAAUGGCUUCAGCUAUAGGCUGGGGACUUAAGAUUGCUUCCCUAGCUGGGAAGACUUCAUGGCUGGGAAGAUAACGUGAUGGCAUCAGGCCAGGGCUCUAUAGCCCAGUUCUGCCAGCCUUGCCUACAUUUUUUUUUUUUUUUUUAAUCUUUUCCAGCUUAACUCUGGUGAGCUUCCAUCACUGCCUCUAUGCCAUUGCUUGGCUCAGACACAACAAAUAUUUUAAUGCUUCAGCCACUGGCCAUGGGACGCAGCCCACCAGUCUGUCCUUAGGGCCUCACUGUAGGGUGUUCCUCAGAAGAGCCCUCAGCCACUCCUCUCAGGCUGUGCAAUGCAGGUACCCCUUUCCGGCUAUGAUCCACACCUGAUCCUGAUGAUUCGUGCCUGGGACAGCAGCCACACCUCCCCUGCGAUAGCCCUUUGCAACCUGUGGGUUUGCAAGAGAGGAUUUGGAAAAGGUUGGGGAGUAUUUGCAAUGCCACCUCUCAGAACCACCACCACUACUCAGCCAAGCUGGCAGGAGCUUUUUUCGCCACAUCUCC